AUAUUGUCCUUCCUGGCGUACUGUAGCGGCCUAUAGCGGAAGAGAAUUGCGCGUUAGACAAUAGUGCGCACAAUAGUAUUUACUCUUUAUUUGUAAGAUUAAUUAUAAAAUGAACUGACCCAUGGAGACCAGCAGUGCUGCCGAAGGGUCGGGGAGCCGGUUCGUUUGUGAGCUGUGCGGAUUAUCAGCUCCGUUCUCUUACUACGGACAGAAACCCCCAGACACUAGGGCAAUAGUCCUUCUCGAAGAAUGUUUUGUUAUGAAGGAUCCGUUUAGUCCUAACAGGGACAAAUUCCUCAUUUUGGGCUCCAACUGCAGUGUGUGUCACAGGGCAGUUUGCGUUGACACGGACUGCAGCCUGUUCUACACUAAACGUUUUUGUCUGCCAUGUGUGCACAAGCACCUGGAUCAAUUUCCCCUGCAAAUCCGGAACGAACUGGCCAAGAAAAAAAGUUCACUAAAAAUAUCAUCCACGACUUAAACCACUGGGACCUUAUACGGCGCGAUGUGCAAAACUGUGUGAGGAAUAGUAAUUUAUUUUACUUGUAAGAUCUAGAACUCAUGGAAGCAAUCUACUGUUUCUCUUAUUCUGUCUAAUUUACAAACUUAAAACGUACUCUUUAUACAAGGACCAACACCAUCAUUAAAUUUUACCUAAAAAUUGAAAA